AUGUUUGAUGCACUGAGCGCGCUGGUGGAGACCGCGUCGGCGAAGGCGAAGCUGCUCACAGAAGAGGGGUAUGAGCUGGUGAAGCAGACCGGCAUGCUGGAGUUAGAGGAGGGAUACGACGACACGAAUUGCGGCACCACUGAAGUAAAAUGUAAGACAGUCCCCGCGGCGGAGUGUGUCACUUCGAAAGAAUCGGAGGGUCCAUGCCCUGCCGUUACUCGUGUGACGAAAGAUCUGUUUUUUCUGCCGCCGUCUCAGUGGGAAUCGCCGGCAGAGGAAUGGACGCUUCUGGCGGAAUCAGCGCUCAUGGAAGAGAACAGCUGCAUCAUUCCACCCGAGAGAAUUUUGGGCGAGGAGUCGCUCGUGUCAAAGUUAUGCGGUUUGUUGAAUGUUGACUCCAUUGAAAAAUUACCGGAAAUUCCGAAAUUCAGCGAAUGUAAACCGUCUCAAGAGUUGGUGGAUUGGUUGACGUCGGAAACAGAGUGCAUUGAGUUCCGAUCUUUAUUGGUGCCUCGCCAUGUCUCGGAUGAACAGUAUUGGGUGAACACUUGCUGGCGCUUUUUUAUCUAUCGAAUGUGCCGCAACGGAAGCCAGUUGCUAGAUGUGAUGGAAGUCGUUUCCAUAGAGCCAAAGCCAGUCGACACGACUGGUGUGUUGCGUAAGAAGCGUAUUGGCGUUCCAAACAACGCGACACAUUGGAAAAAAUUGCGGGAGACGCUGAAUUGCAGGCGGGAGAUGGCGGCAUGGAUCGAGGAGCAAAUAUCAACGGUGCAGCAUGAAAUUGAGUUGGCACUGAGUAACCUUCAGCUGCUUACCAACAUCACCAUGAAGCGGGAGACCACGGAACUUGGAGACUCCGUCUCAGAGAGCUGCAAAUACCACAAGGCGAAACUUGAUCGUCUCAUGGGUGAGUUAAAGUUGCAGCGGGAAAAGCUGGGGGAAAGUGUUUUGUGCCCCGAUCAUGGCUCACUCUUUGCGCAGCUCGCGAAUGUUAACGACCAGCUACGCGUGAAGCUUGAGGUGUACGCGUCCCUCUCGAGCGGAAACCCCUCCGAAUGCCGGGAAAACGUCUCCCAUGGGGGACGUGAGGAGGCAACAUUGAAAACCAGCCCAAGUGGAGGGGACCACGAUGAUACAACCGUGUUUGAAGCUGUACUUCCGUGGGAAAAGGAGGGAGAGGAAGGGUAG